CCGGCCCGACCCGACAGUUGGUCCCGACUCGGCGCCGCGCCCGCACACCGUCGCGUCCCGUCCGCUCGUCCGCGUUCUCUCUCGCUCAUUGUUCGUCAGCGUCUCCACGGCUCCCCCGCGAGGAAGGCCCUCGUCCCCGAGUGCGUGUCGGGUAGUAGUGAGUUGGUGACGAGUGCAGCACGCCGAGCAAGGCGCUGUGGUGCGCGCUCUGCAGCAGCCCGGAGGAGUACCGGGCCCGGAGCCGCCUAACCUCGCACUGCCGCAGCAGCCGGAGAGCCCGGAGCUGGGCCGCCUCCGCCGCCAUCCUGCUCCUGCUCCAGGCCGUCGCGCCAUGAGCGGCCCCGCGCGGGGGUCCGGCACCGCCGCGGCCACAGUGCAGCUGGACGCUGUGCUGGACGUGGACGCCGCCCGCCCCGCCCCGGCGCCCGCCCGGCCGCGUGCGUGAUCCAGGAUAAUACAACGUCGCCGUCGUCGUCGUCGUCUCCAGAAGCCGCCCGGAGCCCACACCACGAUGAACCUGUGGAAGCGGGGCAUGGUGUUCAUCACGUUCCUGGGCGCGUGCCUGGCGCUGGGGCUGCUCGUGGCCGCCCUCACCACGCGCCAGUGGGUCACGGCGCGCGCCAUCCGCACGUCCAACCCCAACGAGUCGCAGGGCCGCGUCGCCCUCGGCCUGUUCCACGGCAGGAAGGAGCUCAACGUGGCCUACGGCUGGCGCUCCUACGACGUCAACGUCGUGGACCUGGCGCGCGCUGAGGAGGACCUGCUGCUCUACGGCCUGUGGGUGGCCACCAUCUGCUCGCUGGGCGGCGCCCUGCUGUUCUGCGCGCUGGCGGGCGUCUUCGCCGUCAUCAACACGGCCACCACACCCAUCGGGGCGCUGACGGGCGUGCCAGGGCUCUACCUGUGGAACACCCUGGCCAUGCUGCUGGACCUCGGCGCCGUCGGUCUCUGGGCCGUGCAGUUUCACCAGAAGCUGCAGUUCAACGUCAUGACGCGCGAGGACAGGGAGAACUACUGGAUCUCCACCAACAUGGCCACCUUCGGCGCGUCCUUCUGGUUCGUGGUCGGUGCGGCAGUCGUCCACGUCCUCAACAUGACGGCCAUUUUCUUCGGGACGCGGGAGCCCCGGGAGAAAACGGCGCCCGCACCCAUGCUCGAGGAGAAGGGCAACGGGGCCAUCAUGCUGUACUAGCGCCCCGCUCGCGCUGCCGAGCACCUUCCCAGGCGCCCGCGGCAGGGCCUGCCAUCGCGUGGGCGCCGCUCUGCUCACCAGUAUACGAAACGUUUCUAUUUCUUGGCAGUUUGUGGUGCAUUGACUGCUCGACCACUACCCUCCUGCCAGUGCAAUAUGAACUCUCAGCGGAGUGAUACAGUGUAGUGCGUCGCAAAGUAUGUGUGGACCUCCUACAACUACCCCUCACGGGGGUUGGUCUCGUCCCGACCAGCCUGUGAAGUGUGAACUGUGAACUGACAGAGAAUCCUGAGUCGAGAAGUACACAAACCUUACAAAAGUAAUAACAAGGCACAGAUCUCUUACCGUAAGCGUUCGUGUUUGUUUAGAUGUAGUAAGAUCGAAAUUGCGCUGUUAUCAAGUGCUGCUGUAUCCCCGUCACCACGGACGGAAUGGGGUGAUUGCACCCAACACAGCGUUCACUCUUCCUUCGGUGCAUUCUUAUGAUUAUUAUUAUUUUUGCUCAAGAGAAAACCAAAACUAACGAAAUUGCAAUUAAUUUCUUUAGAUCAACCCAUUUUGAGGGAUACCAUUUCGGCAUUUCAUUUUUGAUAAUCAGUUUAAUUAAAUGUAUUUCUUUGUAUUUAUAUUUUAAGUUAAGGAUACUUUACAAUCUAAGUUUAAGUUGCACUUAUGUGACACUCUGUGCACGUGGCAUAUAUUUUGUUUGCCUAAGAAAGUGCUCUAACCCUACCCUUGCAUCUACCUGUCCUCAAACUACAAUCCUAAGUAAAACAAGGUCACUGCAUGAGGUUGCGAGAUAAGGCAUCAGAAGCUCCUAAGUGAUAAACCAAGUCAAGACUUAGAAGCUCCUUGUGUCAUUCCCUCUCCUGGUUUAAUGUAUGUACCCUGGCACUUCGACUUGUCACCUCAAGUUUUACAAAAUAUGUUGUCUUUUGUAAACAUUCCCUGUGUUUCAGCCAUGCCGGGAUCUUGAUUAGUGUAAGCAAGCAUCAGAGUAUAGAAUUGUAAAUACCAUGUGCCAUUUUCCACCUCUGUUGCAGUCCGUAAAUACAUUAAACGGGGUUGGUGCAAGACUGAUACUGUUGUCGUAGUAAUAACUGUUCUUAAUAUAAAUGUGAAGCUAAAGCUAAUAUUAUGUAAAUGCGCAAAAGCUGUUUAACACCUUGUUGCAAAACAGAUAUGUCGGAUAAUGAUUACAAUGUGAUUACAAAUAAAAUCAACUGCAUAAA